CAGCGAGUGACAUCUGAAGCAGCGACCACAGUAGAGCAGUAACACAUGUUUGUGAAUAGAAAAAGUGUGUUUUGCAGGCUACACAAGUUACAUCCUUACAUGCAGACACCCUGUUGGAUAUUACGUUUGAACGGAACCUCUAAUUCAUUGUAGUGUAGCCAGAAAGCUAGGUAGGUAGGUACGUAGGUAGGCUAACUGUAGUCGAGCCAAGCCAUGGCAGCCGCUGAAGCGCACAGAGUCAUAGUUUACGGAGGAAAAGGAGCGCUUGGUUCCAAAUGCGUGGAGUACUUCAGGUCCAAAAAUUGGUGGGUAGCGUGCGUUGACAUUGCUGCCAAUGACCAAGCUGACGCCAAUGUGGUGGUAAACACGACCGAAUCCUUCACGGAACAAGCUACCCAGGUGACCAAUGAUGUAUCUGAGCUGCUGGGCGAGCAGAAGGUGGACGCGAUCCUGUGCGUGGCUGGAGGCUGGGCUGGUGGAAGUGCAAAGACCAAAGUAUUAUACAAGAAUGCUGAUCUGAUGUGGAAGCAGAGUGUCUGGACAACCACCAUCUCUAGUCACCUAGCAACCAAGCAUCUGAAAGAGGGGGGGCUGCUCACGCUGGCUGGGGCGAAGGCUGCCCUGGCUGGAACCCCAGGUAUGCUUGGCUACGGCAUGGCAAAGGCUGCGGUGCACCAGGUGUGCCAGAGUCUGGCGGGGUCAAACAGUGGUCUUCCUACUGGCGCUGCCGCCGUCGCUAUCCUGCCAGUUACCUUGGAUACUCCAAUGAACAGGAAGUUUAUGCCUGACGCAGAUGUCAGCGCCUGGACACCAUUGGAAUACAUAGCAGAGUUAUUCUAUAAGUGGACCACUGGACAAGACAGACCAGCCUCGGGUAGCCUGGUGCAACUCAUCACAGAGGCUGGCAAGACAGAGGCCAAACCUCUGUGAUUAUGUGUUUCUGUCUGUCUGUGAACAUAUGUCUCUGUUUGUCUAUGGACUAUGGAGGGCUAUACUACAAGACAAGAUUACUGGCUUAUCCAAAAAAGUCUCUUCAGAAGCAAUACAUGCAGUAAAGUAUUAUUUUGGAGAUCAGCGGUUACUCCCGAAGUUCCUGGGGUAAGCCAGUAACCUUGCUUCAUAGUGUCCCCCUCUGUGCCUCUGUCCGGUAACCUGGCCCCUGUAGUUUACCACUCUGUAGUUUACCCCUCUGUGCCACUCUUGGUAUUACCCAAUCUCCGGUAUGACAUGUAUGUUGUGUCUUUGAUGUAGUGAAUUAGUAGACCUGUUCCAAGACAU